CGCCAUUUGACCAUGUAUAAAGUGUCACAUGAUAGUUGAGCCGACGCAUGGGUUUCUCGGGCGCCACAACGACGACGGGCAGAAAGGCAUACUGCACACACACAAGCUGAUCGAACAUGUCGACCACCAUGGAGCGAACAACGAUUGCGGGGGAUAUCGAGAUCCCCCGCAUGAUCAACGGGCUGUGGCAGCUCGCCGACAUGAAGGUCGACAUCCCCAACGCCGCGAAGGCAAUGGACUCGCUGAUCGCAUCGGGGCUGUCUUGCUUUGACAUGGCAGACCACUACGGCGAUGCAGAGCUGGUGAUCGGGAAGUACAACGGCAGGCCAGCAGUCGACCCCCGCAGCAUCACGGCCUUUACCAAGUGGUGCCCGCAAGAGAACGGCAUCACGACGUUUGAGCACGCCGAGGCUGCCGUGGACCUUGCGCUGUCACGGAUGGGGCAGAAGCGCAUCGCGCUGAUGCAGUACCACAUCUGGGACUACACGGACGACACGUACCUGCAGAACCUGGCGCACCUGCAGAAGAUGGCCGACCAGGGCAAGCUCGGCGCCGUCGGGCUGACCAACACGGACGCGGCGCACCUGGAGCUGCUGCUGCGCUCGGGCUACCGCAUCGCGACCAACCAGGUCAGCUGCUCCGUCAUCGACCGGCGGCUGGUGAGGGGCCGGCUAGGCGCCGUGUGUGCCGAGCACGGCGUCGGCAUCCUGGCCUACGGGACGCUGCUCGGCGGCUACCUCAGCGAGAAGUGGGUUGGCGCCCCCGAGCCCACCGACGAGGCGGCCCUCAACUGGAGCCUCCGCAAGUACCUGCGCUUCAUCCGCGCGGCCGGCGGCUGGGCUGCCUUCCAGGGGGUCCUCCAGGCCCUCGCGGCCGUGGCUGGCAAGCACAAAGUGUCCAUUCCCGCCGUCGCCACCCGCUGGGUCCUCGACAUACCCGUCGUCAAGGCCGUCAUUGUCGGCAGCCGCCUCACGCCCGAGUCGGACAAGUACACGGCCAGCAACCUCAGCGCCUUCUCCUUCUCCCUGGACCAGGACGACGUCAGCCUCAUCUCCAAGGCCCAGGAGGCCCUGGCAGACAUCCCCGGCGACAACGGCGACGAGUAUCGCCGGCCCCCAUUCCUAACCGCGUCCGGGGACCUGAGCCACCAUAUCCACGGUUCGGCGGACAGGAUCAAGGCUCUGGAGGAGGCCGUUGCCCAGGGGUCCAGGAUCGAGUACCACACCGGGAGCAAGUGGGAACCCAUAGCAGGCUACUCCCGAGCCGUGAGGGUCGGCAAUGUAAUUCGAGUAUCUGGCACAACGGCCAACCCUCCUCCCCCUCUCACCGACAGCAUGGCCGCCAUUGGCGGCAAGUCGGCACGCUGCCAGACGACGGCCAUCCUCGACAUCAUCGCCCGCUCGGUCAAGGCGCUGGGCGGCAGCACGGCGGACAUCGUCCGCACCAGGGUCAUGGUCCGCAACGAGGAGGACUGCGAGGAGGUCAGCGAGGCCCAUGGCUGGGUCUUUGGGUGUGAAAAGAUCAGGCCGUCCAACACGCUGGUCACGACGAGCCCGAUUGGCGACGCGUUCCUUGUCGAGAUCGAGGCCGUGGCCGUGGUUGGGAGCAGUAGUCGACCUGUUGUCAUCAUUUCACAGUGAUGGGAUGGCCUGUAUAGUUGCUUUGAGCACUCCGUAAAUAGCGUCUGAUGUGUUAAAGAAUGGUAAAGGAGUUAAUGAGCCAGGAAUUGGCUAUCUGCCUAUCUCGACA